AUGACGCCUCCCACAACCUACGACCCGGCCACGCUGGCCAUCCACGGCGACGACUGGCUCAACAAGGGGACCGACGUGGCGCCCGCGAUGCACGUAUCGACGACGUUCCGCUACAAGCACGACCCGGCCGAGCUGCGGCCGGCCACCGAGCUGGAGACGGACGGGCCGCCGCCCUCGACCGACAUACCGCCCGUCUACAGCCGGCUGUCGGCGCCCAACACGACGCGCCUGGAGGCGCUGCUGUCGGAGCUGACGGGCGGGCGGGCGCUGACGUACACGUCGGGCCUGUCGGCCUUCCACGCGCUGAUGGUGUACCUGCGGCCGAACGUGGUGGCCAUCGGGCACGACGGGCUGGGCGGCUACCACGGCUGCCACGGCGUGCUGGCGCUGCACACCAAGAUGCACGGGCUCCGGACGGCGGACCUGCACGACGAGGCGACGUGGGACGCCGCGGGCCUGGGCGAGGGCGACGUCGUGCACGUCGAGACGCCGCUGAACCCGACGGGCGCGGCGUACGACAUCGCGGCCUUUGCGGCGAAGGCGCACGCCCGCGGCGCCUUCUUGUCGAUAGACUCGACGUUUGGCCCGCCGGGACUGCAGGACCCGCUCGCGCUGGGCGCCGACGUCGUCAUGCACAGCGGCACCAAGUACGUCGGCGGCCACAGCGACAUGCUGUGCGGCGUGCUCGUCGUGCCCGAGCGGCGCGAGGAUUGGUUCUGGGGCCUGUGGAACGAGCGCGUCUUCCUCGGCAGCGUCAUGGGGAGCCUCGAGGGCUGGCUCGGCGUGCGCAGCCUGCGCACGCUGCAGCUGCGCGUGCAGGCCCAGAGCCGCAACGCCGAGCGCCUCGUCAGGUGGUUGCAUGAGAACCUCGUGAGCGACGACGCCCGGAGCCCCGUGGCCGCGGUGGCGAGCAAGGUCGUGCACGCGAGCUUGCAGGCGGAGGACCUCGCGGACGGCUGGCUGAAGAGGCAGAUGCCCAAUGGGUUUGGGCCCGUCUUCGCCGUGUGGAUGCGUGGCGAGGAGGAGGCGAGGAAGCUGCCCAGCAAGCUCAAGCUCUUCCAUCAUGCCACCAGCUUGGGCGGCGUCGAGAGCUUGGUCGAGUGGCGCCGCAUGAGCGACAAGAGCGUGGAUCCCACCCUGCUCCGCUUUUCUAUUGGUAUCGAGAGCUGGGAGGACUUGAGAGACGAUCUCGAGGCCGGAUUCAAGGCGUUGGCUGAGGAGAAGGCAAAGGCGUAG